CCACACCGCGGCCGUGGGAAUUUUUUCGGCGAGUCACGGGGCGGGAAAAAACAGAGCUUUGUAGCUUGGAGGGGCUGCUGGAAGACAUGGGGGAAAAGCCACCAGAGGAAGAGAAACCCGCAGAGCUCUACCCCAUCAUGGGGUUAGCUCAGAAAAGGACAUCCCUGAUGAACGAGAGUUGCCCCAACCGCGAUCGAAUUCGAAGCGAGCUCCUGGCGACGGUCCGUGAGAAGGGUAUGCUUCCGUACUAUGAGAAGUACCUAUGCCCCGGACCGGCUGGACCGCCGGAUGAAGCACUCAAGGCUGAGCUGAAGAAGCAAAAUGCAGAGGAAGAAGCAAAGUUGGAUGAGAGAAUUAAAGAUGCCAAAGAGAACUUGGGCGACAUCGAGAUUCGGGAUGCUCUCUUGGCCAAAGCCGACUUCUUCAACCGCAUCGGUGACAAGGAUCAGGCGAUCAAAGGCUAUGAGGAAGCCUAUGAGAAGACUGUGGGUGUGGGCGGCAAGCUGGACAACAUCCUCACGGUCAUCCGGAUCGCCUUUUUCUUUGAAGACACGGCCUUGAUGAAGAAGCACAUCGACCGAGCGAAGGUUGAACUUGGCAAAGGAGGUGAUUGGGAGAGGCGAAACAAGCUGAAGGUCUACGAGGGGAUCUACCUCAUGAUUUCCAGGAGUUGGAAAGAGGCCGCCAAGCUCUUCUUGAACGUGAUGCCAACGUUCACAGCCACCGAGCUGGUCGAAUUCAAGGACUUCGUCUUCUAUGCCGUCAUUGUAGGGGUGGUGUCCAUGGAUCGUCCCACAGUGCGGAAUCAGUUGGUGACGAGUCCUGAGGUGCUGAGUGUCAUCAAGGAAACACCUGAACUGCAGACAUUCUUAGAGUCGUACUUCUAUUGUCGCUACAAAUCCUUCAUGCAAUCCUUUGUGAAGGUCAUCGACCUGAUCCGAGCAGACAGGUACCUCAUGCGGCAUGUGAAGUAUUUCAUGCGCUCCAUGAGACUCAACGCCUAUAGGCAGUUCUUAGCUUCCUACCGCUCAGUGAAGUUGGAGGCCAUGGCUACCGACUUUGGCGUCUCCGCCUCCUUCAUCGAUACCGAGCUCUCGUCGUUCAUCUCCUCAGGGAAAUUGACCUGCAAGAUCGACAAGGUGGCGGGAGUCGUCGAAUCCAACGAGGCGGACGCACGAAGUCAGGUCUAUGUGGAGAUCAUCAAACAGGGCGAUCUUCUGCUCAACAAGAUGCAGAAGCUCUCUGGUGCCAUCGAUAUGUGAACAGCGCCCAGCGGUCACCGGACGGCGCGGGCAAAA